GUUCUGCACAAGUUACGUGUCCUAUAGCUAGGCUUACAAUGUUGCCUUGGGUCGUCAUUGUUCUGCUGACAGUGCAGGUAAUUUUCAACCAAGCAUCUGCAUCGACUGUUGUCAACAAGAGUGGACGAAUUUACGAACCUCGAACUGGAGAGUUCCGACACCACCAUCACGUGGCUCUAGAAAGAAUCAUGAGGAAAUACGCUCUGAAAUAUCCGCACAUUAGUCGUCUGUACAGCAUCGGUCAAUCUGUUAGGAGACACAAUCUCUGGGUGAUGGAAAUCACAGACAAUCCUGGCGUACACGAACCAGGAGAACCAGAGAUAAAAUACGUAGGAACUAUACACGGGAAUGAAGUCGUUGGGCGUGAGAUGCUGCUCCUGCUCAUUAAAUAUCUUUUGCGCAACUAUGGCCUUGUCGAUCACGUGACUAGACUAGUCAAUACAACAAGGAUUCACAUACUGCCAGCUAUGAACCCUGACGGAUAUGCCAUUGCAGAAGCAGGUGAUGUGUGGUCCACUGUAGGUAGAGCGAAUGCAAAGAAAGUGGAUUUGAAUCGUAACUUUCCAUCUGUGUUUCGACAACCAAAGAAAAAACCAGAGCCUGAAACGAGGGCCAUAAUGGAAUGGUCAAACACAUAUCCAUUUGUCUUGUCGGCUGGUUUACAUGGAGGUGCCUUGGUGGUAAACUACCCAUAUGAUGACUUACCAAAAAAGCAUAGGAAAGGAAAGCAAAAGGAUCAAUAUAGUGAAUGCCCUGAUGAUGAUGUGUUUCGUCAUAUAUCUUUAGUGUACUCAAAAUCCCACAAACGUAUGUAUAACUUCUCACAUUGUCCUGGGGAACAAGAACAUUUUCCUAAUGGUAUUACCAAUGGUGCUGCAUGGUAUACUGUUGUGGGUGGGAUGCAGGAUUACAACUACCAUUACACCAACUGUUUUGAAGUAACUCUUGAACUUAGCUGCACCAAGUUUCCCAGAAAGCGACAUCUGCAAGGAUUCUGGCUAGAGAACAAGCCAGCAUUAUUGGCUUUUAUGGGAGAAGUGCAUAAUGGCAUUAAAGGAUUUGUGAUGGAUCGUAAUGGAAACCCGCUGUCCAAAGCAACAAUUUCAGUUGGCGAUCGAAAUCAUGAUGUGUUGACUGCUGCCAGUGGCGAUUAUUGGAGAUUACUAAUUCCUGGAACAUACAAGAUCACAGCUGCCAAAGCUGGAUAUGUAACAAAACAUCAGCAUGUGCGCGUUCCACAAAGUGGUGCAGCUGAGCUGAAUUUUGUUUUAGACAGGAAGAAUUGAAUACUAUUCUGUACGUGUAAACAAUGUCAUGUAGACAUUGUUUGCUGCUAUGUCCACAGAUAGAUGUGGAUAUACAUGUAUGCAUCUUGAUUGUCAUUACUUUGUGGUGUUAGCAUUUUGAUUUGAAUGGAUAGAUUGUGUCUAACAUGGCCUGUUUUUGUCAACCAAACUUUGAUUUCUUAAAUUUGCUUGUGAAUGUUUGAACAAAUAACAAUUAAUAUCUAAACUUACCAUUUAAUUAAUUAAUGUUGCUAUG